CUCCUCACUCAAGAUGAAACUCCUUGUGCUGGCCGUUCUGCUCACAGUGGGCGCUGCAGAGCACAGGAUCAGCACUCGGGCUCUGUGGCAGUUCCGCGGCAUGAUCAAGUGCGCGAUCCCAGGGAGCAGCCCCUACAAGGAGUACAACAACUACGGCUGCUUCUGCGGCCUGGGUGGCUCAGGCACCCCUGUGGACGAACUGGACAGGUGCUGCCAGACACAUGACCAAUGCUACACCACGGCCAAGAAGAUGGACAGCUGCAAAUUCCUGGUGGACAACCCCUACACCAACUCCUACUCCUAUUCGUGCUCUGGCACUGAGAUCACCUGCAGCAGCAAAAACAACGAGUGCGAGGCCUUCAUCUGCAACUGUGACCGUGCAGCUGCCAUCUGCUUCUCCAAGGCUCCAUACAUCAAGGAGCACAAGGAUCUCGACACCAAAAAAUACUGUUAGAAAGCAGUGUCUGAAAAGCUUCCCCCCACCUGCCUAACGCCCUGCAGUACCUGUGCCCUCCAGUAAAGCACCCUGUUGAA